UACAAAAACCAUAUGAAGAAUGAAUACAUAAAUACUUGCAUCAAAGCUAAAGGGCUUCUGCUAGACACGAUCCGCAUCAUAACCAAUGCCUCUGGUGAAUCAGGUGAUACAGUUAAAGUGGGCUUAACAGGAACUGAAUUGAAUGCAAGCCAACAGUCCAACAACUCAGGAGACUGUCAAACUACAAUCGACUGAACUUCAAGAGGAAAAUGACAGAGGGCAUCUGCUGCAAAGGAAAACGGAUGUUCUAUCAACUAGCCAACAGUCUGCUGGUUCUUCUGCAUCAAAAACAAAUGCUGGAAAAGGGAGCAUAAAUGAAGCUAAUGGGUUUUGUAGCAGCCCUCCUAAAGUCCAUGAAAUAGGCAAGUUGAAGUCUGACUCCGGAGCACAAUGUCAAAGAGAGCAUUCCUCAAAGGACCCCAUGCCAGAAAUGUGUGUUCCAGCCGCAUCAACUUUCGCUCCAGGAAACCAUGUAGAUGGAGCAAUUUUGAUGCAAUACAAAAGGAGGAGGAUAGAUGCCCAAUCAAGCAGCGAACCACAUGAUCCAUGUUCAAUCAAGCACAAGAAGCCUUUGGAAUCUCUUUUGAAGGCUGACAAAAAAAUCCCCUCAAAACAGGGUGAAGAAAAGGAUGAAGUCCACACUCUAGAUAAUCAACAAGAGAAAAGCAGCAGCCUCAACUACAUGCUUAUUGGAGAAGCAAAAGAGAACCACGUUCAAAAUGUAGCAGAGAGUGCCAAGGAAGACAUCCCAACAGAGCUCAUUCAGUCCAAAAUAAUUUUCACGGAAUCAAAGCAAACAACAUUUUCUGGUUUUCAAAACACAUCAAUUCAGGAAUUGGACCUGCAGAGGAAAAAAUUUAGGGGGCGCCUGGAUAACCUGAGCAUAGACAUUAAUGUAAAAGCGCAACCAGAGAGUGGGACACAUACAGAUGAGGUUUUUGCAAGAGGAUAUAAAAUCAUUAGCGACUUUCUAGACAAGGCAAGAGAAAAAUAUUUCUUCGCCGAUGAUAGCACCCCCUCAUUCAGGAUCUCUGAAGAUGUGGAUGAAUGUGGAAAUAUAAUUGAAGAACAUGAAUUGUGGAGGCCUGUAUGGAUGAAGGAUGAGUGUUGCAAAAAAAAGAUAGAGGCAACGAAGUUGAAGAUCGCCAGAAACUUCAAGGAAGUAUAGCCAGAAGAAGUUGACAUUUGUGUGCAAGGGAAUACAAACUUGAAGAAACAGGGAAGCAGUAGUUCAAACUACGAGCUAAGCAUUCAGUGCGCCCAUAGGGAAGUACAAAGAAGUUUGAUGUGUGAGACGCCACAACCCCCAAAACCAGUUGAUGAGAUUGUUGAUUUGUUCAAAUGUCAACUGGGUGGAAUCACAUGCAAACUUGCUACUCACCAUGCAAAAAUAAUAACGAGUACACAUCCGAGACUCCCCCACUCAUAAUGAAGAAGGACUACUCCAUGGUUCCAAUAAUAGGAAAAAGGUUAUUUGCAGAGGAGGAAAGCUGUCAACAAGAAUCCAGUGGCAGCAAAAGGAAUCCAGUACAACUAAUGGAAGAAAAAACUAUAAGAAGCCGUUUUUUAUUUUUUAAGUGCUCUCUGUUUGUUAAUCGUUCUUUUCUUUUUCUUAAAUUCUUUUUAAUUAUGCAUCUAACAUUUUUAUUUUUUCUUGCCCUUUUUGUGUCAUAUGUAUAGUCAGGACAACUCAAAAUUCAUGGAGAAAACAUGUUUAGGCAAGAGCGCAGCACAUUGGUCAACAUAACUGAUGAUUUUUACAACACAAAUCUCUCGUUAGGAAGGCCAAGCAGUUUCCGUGGAAAAGAAAAUGCACCACCAAAGAGGAUUGUCCAACCAAGCAGGUACCGUAGCUCACCGUACGACUGCAGCGAAAGGGGCCCAAUAAUGCCACACGAGAUAAAGAUGUAUGAGAACAUAACAUCCCUGGCCAAUGUUGAAGGAUCCAAACCUGCAGUUUUGAUUGACAAAACCAUUGCCACAUUUGGACAGUUGGGUAACUCGAUGAAAAUAGGUGGCCGGGUCCAGGCCUAUGUCAUAAAUGUGUACUGUAGGCACCUAUUUAAUGAAAAUCAUCCUAGGAACUCACUCAAGCACUAUUUCUUCCACACUGCAUCUGAAUAUUUCCUGGGCAAAUGGAAAAAUGAUGAGGCAAGAAUUUGGUGGAGGAAGAAACUGAUUACGAGUUUCAUUGGAGCUGGAAAAGCACAUAAUCUUUCGAUGUCAGACAAGUUGUACUUUCCAACACUACAAGAGGAACAUUACUUUCUGUUCGUCGUCGACAUCAAGGGUUGCACAUUUUAUUUUCUAGAUUAUUUCUAUGAUGAGAAGAGAUCAUAUCAUAUGAACAUAAAAAAGAAGAUUAUCUCAAGCUUUAUAUGCACUUGGUACGAAGCUCGGCUCCAGCCAAUGGAUUUCAAUGCAUUCCCUGUUGUUUACCCUAAAGUCCCUCAACAAGAUAACAAUAUUGAUUGUGGCAUUUUCACUAUGAAACUAAUGGAUGGUGCCCAAAGAAUCCAACCCCUAUAGUUUUUUCACCAAAAGAUGCCCCAGAUGCAAGGAUCCGAUAUGCUGUUGAUCUCAUGUUCAGCCACUACAACACUUUGGAUGACGAGAAGAAGCGUGUGAAGGAGUUCCGCCUAUAGACAUGAAAAAGUGCUGACAGCUACUAAAAGACACCACUCAUAGAUGAUAAGAGGAGUUGUAUCAAGAGUCAUAUCAGCAAAAUCAAAGGAAAGAGGAGCUGCAUCAAACACAUAGUUAGCAAUUGUUAAACAUUUUCGAGAUGUUUUUCUAUUUUUUGUAUGAACAGAGAAUGUAGACCCUUCUUGUUGUUGUAGAUAUAUAUAUGCCCCCUCUAUUUUUUUUUGUUUGGUUGGGAAACAUGUGCUCCUGAAGGUACUUCUCCCCUAGUUUGUUCUUUCUCACUCGGUAAUUUGGUGAAACACAGGAACUAUAACAGUGUUUUUCCUCA